AUGUUUGAAGCUUCCAAGGCAAAUUAUUAUGGUCUUGAUGAACAUCUUUCCCUUGCAUCCGUUACAUCAGUGCCUGCAAAGGCGCUUGGUUUAGAUCAUCGCAUUGGUCAAAUUUCAAAGGGAUAUGACGCUGAUGUUGUGGUUUGGGAUUCUUAUCCACUUGAUUUGGGUGCAACUCCAUUAGAAGUUUAUAUCGAUGGAAUUCCUCAAUUUAACACUUCAUCAUGUGUACUUGGAAACGAUUCAUCGAAACAAAUCCCAUCAAAAUUUAUUCCGAAGUCAAAUUUUACACGAGAGCCUGCUAAAUCACAAUUAACCUCUUCUAUUGUGUUAAAAAAUGUUGGCAAGAUUUAUGUUGAUAAGAACCAUAUAAUUGAUACCACUUCAUCAACACAAGGAGAUAUUAGCUUAAUAGUUAAAGAUGGCAUUGUUGAAUGUAUUGGUAUUAAUUGUACAGAACCAGAUCAUAUUUCAUCGUAUGAAGUAAUUGAUUUAAAUGGUGGAUACGUAUUACCAGGAUUCAUUGCUGUUGCGCCAUCUCUAGGAUUAUCAGAGAUUGAUAGUGAAUCCUCCACAACAGAUGGUAGAGUGACAGCUGUGUCCAAUCCUAACGACGCUGAAAAAAUUAUUUACGCAAUCGAUGGAUUAAAAUUGGGAGGCAAACAUUUAGAGGCCGCGUAUAAGGCUGGAAUACUUACUGCCGUCACAGCACCUCUCGCGUCUAAAGGCGUUUUUAUUGGGGUUUCUAUGGCAUUUGAAACCGGUGCUAGUUCUGUUCUAGAUUAUGAUCCUAACCCGAUUGUUAAGGAACAUGUAGCACUUCAUGCCCAGAUAGGGACUGAAUUCAAAUAUACCACCAUACCGACAGUCUCGGGUCAGAUUGCUUUGAUAAGAAAAACCUUGUUAAAGAAUCUAAAGCAACAUAAUAUCUUUGGUCGUGCUGCACGAGGAGAUAUCCCUUUAGUAGUACGAACUCACAGCAAAGAUGAGAUUGCUUCAUUGAUCCGAUUGAAAAUUCAAAUUGAAAACAAUGGAGGACAUUUAAAACUUGUGAUAUUGGGUGGUACUGAAGCACAUAUGGUUGCUGUUGAAUUGUCUAAACAUAAAAUACCUGUAAUACUUAUCCCAUCCCGACCAACUCCAAAGUCAUGGACAGCUCAACAUGCAUUAACAGGAGCGCCUAUUACCAAUACAACCGGAAUUGAGAUACUUCAUGCGAAUAAAGUUAUAGUAGGAAUAAGUGUAAUAGAAUCAGGUAUGGAAAGAAAUUUAAUUUGGGAUGCUGGCUGGGCAGGUAUAAAUUCUAGAGGGGUUAUUUCCGAAAAAGAUGCGUUUGGGUUUAUUUCAUGGAACUUGGAAGAAAUUUUUGGCUUAGAUGGGAGAAAUAGAAGGUUAAUGAAAGGCAAAAUUGCAAAUUUUGUAGCGUAUGAUGGGAAUCCUUUUGAUAUGAAAACAAGGGUGAAAAUUGUUGCAGGAGGUGGUAAGAGUAAAAUUCUUAUUGACCCUCAACAAGAUUAG